GCUGUGGAGGCUAACGUCGGCCCGCGAAAUGUUGAGAUCGGGCUUUGGGGCGCCGAGACGUCUAAAGUGCCCGAGCUGGCGGAGCUCAACACCAAACUUUGGCCUUCGCUGACCCAACGCCUUCUCUCACCUCGCCCUCUCCACCACCGCCCACCUCCGCUCCCUUCUUCUCCCCCGGCCAAUUGUCACCAUGCUGUCAAGGACAAUCAGGAGGAGCAUUGCGUCGCCGCUCCGGCGCAAUGCCUUCAUUCCCGCCGCGCGACCUGCCUUCCGGACCGUCACAACCGAUGCAGCAUCGUCGCACGCCGACAAGGAGGCCGUGCCGAAGGAGGACGACAAGCCCUUCGAGGUCCGCCUCUCUGACGAGAGCUUCGAAACGUACGAGCUGGACCCGCCGCCAUACACGCUCGACACCACCAAGGGCGAGCUGAAACAGAUGUACUACGACAUGGUCGCAAUACGACGCAUGGAGAUGGCCGCUGACAGGCUCUACAAGGAGAAGAAGAUCCGAGGUUUCUGCCACCUGUCCACCGGUCAGGAAGCCGUCGCCGUGGGCAUCGAGCACGCUAUUGCGAGGACCGACCACCUCAUCACCGCCUACCGCUGCCACGGCUUCGCUCUGAUGCGCGGAGGAGCCGUUAAGCAGAUCAUUGGUGAACUGCUCGGCCGGAGGGGUGGUAUUGCCUACGGAAAGGGUGGUUCUAUGCAUAUGUUUGCCCCGGGCUUCUAUGGCGGCAACGGCAUUGUCGGCGCUCAGGUUCCUGUGGGUGCUGGCAUUGGCUUUGCGAACCACUACGAGGGAAAGCAGAACGUCACUCUUGCGCUGUACGGAGACGGUGCUUCGAACCAGGGUCAGGUGUUUGAGGCGUUCAACAUGGCCAAGCUAUGGAACCUUCCGGUCAUCUUUGGCUGCGAGAACAACAAGUACGGAAUGGGUACUGCCGCCAACCGUGCCGCUGCUCUCACCGACUACUACAAGCGUGGCCAGUACAUCCCGGGUCUAAAGAUCAACGGUAUGGACGUGCUCGCUGUGAAGGCCGCCACAAAGUACGGCAAGGAAUGGUGCCUGCAAGGAAAGGGACCGCUCGUCUACGAGUUCGUCACCUACCGUUACGGAGGUCACUCUAUGUCUGACCCUGGAACCACGUACAGGACCCGUGAGGAAAUCCAGCGCAUGCGCAGCACCAACGACCCGAUUGCAGGACUCAAGCAGAAGCUUCUCGACUGGGGCGUCACUUCCGAGGAAGAGCUCAAGUCCAUCGACAAGGAAGCACGCAGCAACGUCGACGCCGAGGUCGCCGAGGCCGAGCAGAUGCCUCCACCCGAAGCAACUGGCAAGGUUUUGUACGAGGAUAUCUACGUCCGCGGCUCGGAGCCAGAGUUUCUGAGGGGCAGGAUCCCGGAGGAGAACUUCUACUACAACGAAACGGAUAUGGGUAAGCCGCAGGAGCCGGUGGCUAGGACGUAAGAAGGCAGUACUAGAAGGACGUCGUUGGGAAAACAUGUAAUACUACACAUAAUCUGUGUCAAGCUUUCUUGCUGUGUCAAUUACUCUAGGGAGAGCGUGGUUUGCUUUUGGUUGCUGGUAGGUAUCUUUGGUUCCUUUCUCGGAAUCGGAAUAGACCGUGAGUUUAUUUGCAUAUGUCCCGAUGGACUUGAAGUUCUUGAUAAGGGUUCUAGCUUCCUUCUAAGUUAACAUUAGCUUUAUUUAUGCUAAACAGAGGCCCAUACAUAAUAACAUGAGUGGUACGCGGCU